AUGGAUCAGACCAGCAAGAUCGUAGUUAUUGGCGCAGGCCUUUUUGGCCUCACUACAGCCAAACAGCUCGCGCUAGAAGGUCACCAGAACAUCACUGUCCUUGAUAGGCAUAUGCCGCCUGUGCCGGAUGGUUCCAGCUCGGACAUCUCCCGAGUCAUCCGAUUUGAUUAUGCCGACACCGAUUACUGUUCCCUUGCGUAUGAAGCUUAUCGCAAGUGGUCUCGGGACCCCAAGUACAAGGGUAUCUUCUACCAGACAGACUAUGUCAUUGCUGGCUCGAGAAGUACGCCUGAGAAGUCUUGGACAGAUAAGACGAUCGCUCAGCUUGAUAAGCGACAGCUGCCUUAUAUCAGAUUGACAGAUGCUGCUGAUACAAAGCGGAGAUUCCCAAUUUUGACUGGUGAACUUGCUCAACCUAACUUUGAGGGCUACUUGAACAAGUCUGGCGGCUGGGCUGAUGCGAAUAAAGCCAUCAAGCAACUCCGUGAUGAAUGUCUUGAGCUAGGAAUCUCCUUUAUUGCUGGUCGAGCUGGAACCGUAGUCGGCUUUGACAACGACGCUCAAGGCGUGAUCAAAGCAGUCAAGACCCUCGAAGGAACACCUGUUCGAGGAGAUCAAUUCAUUCUUGCAGCAGGCGCCUGGUCUUCGGGUAUCGUUCCCACUUAUAACUCUACACUAUCAACAGCACAAGCGCUCGGCUUCCUUCGCCUCUCAGACGAUGAGAUGAUCAAGUACAAGAACAUUCCCAUUUACAUGAACUACGCCACCGGAUGGUUCAACUUCCCCCCGCAUGAAGAUACCAAGAUGCUCAAGUUUGCUGUACACGGCUGGGGCUAUACUCGAGCACCCUCGAAGGGCGACAACAACUCUGUCCAGUCCAACAUCUCGGUUCCUCCACCUGUUUCUCGGGAGCGAAAGAACUUUGUUCCAGCUGAUGCUGAGGAACGUCUUCGAGCGGGCUUGCGCGAGAUGUUGCCAGAGCUAGCUGAUCGUGCCCUUGCCAGGGUAGCUCUGUGCUGGUACACAGAUACACCUACUGGUGACUUCAUCAUGGACUAUCAUCCUGACUAUAAGAACCUAUUUGUUGGCGGAGGCGGAAGUGGACACGCCUUCAAGUUCCUCCCAGUCUUGGGCGAGUGCAUGGCAUCGGCUUGGAAGCAGAGGCUACCCAGUCACUUAGCAGAGAAGUGGAAGUUCCAUACUGAAUAUGAGCAUCGUCAGGAUACCUUCCUUGGUGAUGGCAGUCGAGGUGGUCCAGAAAGACGAGAGCUCAGUGCAGCCGAGAAGGCGAAAUUGGAUGGAGGAGAGACGUCCAAGCUGUAG